AUGGCUGUCCCCGACAUUGUCACCAUCGAGAACCUGUCGACAAAACUGCCGCAAUGGCGUCCUGACGCAGCCAACCAUCUAUACGCCAUUGUUGAUAUGGGAAGUAACGGCGUCCGCUUCUCCAUCACGUCGCUGGCCCCUCCCUUCUCGCGGCUGCUCAAUCCGCUCUUCUCCACGCGCGCAGCCAUUUCGCUCUUUGACGCGCUCACUCCGUCUACCUCUGGCGACGGCAGUCUCGUCUUUCCCGCGCAGACCGUGACCGACGUGGCCGAGGCCGUGGCCAGCUUCCACCACGUUGCCGUCGCGCACGGCGUGCCGCAGUCCCAGAUGUACAUCUUUGCCACCGAGGCCAUGCGCCGCGCCGACAACGCCGGCGACAUGCUCGCCGCCAUUCGCGCGGCGACGGGCGGGCUUGGUGUGCAGAUCCUCGCGCCGGCGGUCGAGACGCUGUGCGGCGCCGUCAUGGGCACCCGCAGCAGCCUCGUCGGCGUGCCCGGCGGUGCGCUCUUCCUCGACCUCGGCGGCGGCAGCGUCCAGAUGACCUGGGUCGACACCGCGGUGCCCGACUACAUGAUCGCCGCGGCAACAGCGGGUGCGAGCAUGCCGUACGGUGCCGCCAAGCUGGUGCGUGUGCUGGAGCAGCAGUCGGUGGAAACGCAGACGAUCGAGAUUGACACGCUGCGGGCGGGCAUCAAGGCUGUGUACGACGGCCUCUGUGUCAAGUUUCCGGCGCUCAGGGCCAUCAGAGAGGCGUAUGAGAGGGGCGAGGAGGCGACCGUCGAUGUGUACAUGUGCGGCGGUGGAUUCCGUGGCUAUGGCACAAUGCUCAUGCACGACGAGGCCAUCAAGCCCUACCCCAUUCCCUCGAUAUCGACGUACACCGUUGACGGCACCAAGUUCAAGGAGACGCAGCGCAUGCUCAACAUCAAUACCGAGUACGCGGGCAAGAUUUAUGGUCUCUCGAAGCGCCGCCGCAGGCAGUUUCCCGCCAUCGUCCAUGUUGUCGAGGCCUUUACCAGCGCGGUGCCGAACAUUGGUCGUGUCACAUUCAGCGGCGGCUCCAACCGACAAGGUGCUCUGCAGAUGAUGCUGCCGCCAGAGAUUCGGGAGAGUAAUCCCUUGGAAGUACUGGCCAACAUUGAUCCCAUCGACAAGCCCAUUUUUGAUGCCGGCUUGGAACUCCUGCUAUCCAGUCUGCCGGAUCCAUCCAUCAUCUCCAAGAUGCCCACAAUCCUCGCGCCAGGCCUCGGGUACCUCUUCAUCAAGGAGCUGUGGACACGAGCUGGCCACGAAGCAGACGUCAACGCCUCCAUUUCCCUCCACGCCUCCGUCAUUCGCGAUCCAGGAUGCCCUGGUCUGACGCACCUGUCGCGCGCUCUGCUCGGUAUCGCGCUCGCGACAAGAUGGGGCUCGUUUCUUUCGCCCGCUGACGCGCAGCUCGAGCAAGGUCUCAUCGCCAUCAUCAAACGAUACGGUAGCGAGGCUCUUUUCUGGACUCGGUACCUGGGUGCUGUUGCCGGUGCAAUCGCCGAGAUCCUGCCAUUUUCGCCUGCCUCUGCCGGCGAACUCAAACGGGCAGUGGAAUUUAAAUCAGAAAUUGUGCAAAAAGAAAACAGCCGCGUGGUCAAACUAUCCAUCGGCAUUGCUAGGGACUACACACGACGCCUGGACGAAGAAGCACUUGUGGACAAUAUCAAGUCGGCUACCAAGAACAAGGAAGAGGGAAGUCCGAAAAAGGUUUCCGUCACGAUUUAUCAACGCGAUUGA